AUGAACGCAAUUACUCAAGCAAUUCUGAACAAGAGCAAAUUGGAGAUUGAUCUGAUCAAAAUAACUAAUGCCACCGAAAACUCUUUUUUGAUGAGUUUGCAAGGCAAAGCUACCAAGAUCGGUAUCGCAACGGCUACAAUUUCGGCAAUGACAGUGGACCUCGUCGGACCGUGUGGUGCAUUUGGACGCUUGGAUGUGCCCGCCAUCAAGAUGGGUUCUUUGGGUGCUGAAAUCACCAUUGUCGAGCAACUGAUCAGCAUUGUCGACAUGGAAGCAUUCAAAGCCUUUGUUGCCGCGAUCAUGAAAGACGAAGAUUUGACCCUACGACUGGAAAACGGGCACACAACAGUCAAGGCUAUGGGAAUGAAGUCUGCUAUUGUUUACCACAAGGUUCUUCAUCUCAAGGGACUGAAAUCACUACAGGCAACCCUCCUCAAGACGGAAAAUGCCGCGGAUGGCAUGAAAAGCAUCAUCUCCAUGGUGAAUCCGUCUCAAUUUGAAGUUGAUCUGGGUACUGUGAUAUACGAGGUCCAGGACAAAAAUGGACAUCGGAUUGGAGAGCAAAAAGGAGCCACAUAUGUACAGCGAGGGUCAUCGAGCCUGGCUCUGCAUGGCACUGUCACGGGGGAAGUGUUGAGCGGCGGCACAAGAUUCGUGGGAGUUGAUGUCGAAGAGAAGAAUUGGUUGAAGGAGAUUAUGGGAAGCAUCGAGGUAGUAGUUACUGUUUAG